CAGGGGAGUAGGGUAAUACUUGGCCGCCGCUGCGCUCCUCCACUCUCCUAUCCCCCACCACACUCCGCUUGUGCGGCCGCGUGGUGGUGCCUUCCGCGGCGCUGCGGCUGCGCUCCGAUCCCGAGCGAGCAAAUACCCUCGCCACCUUACCACGAGACCCUCGCACCGCUCCGACGCGAUCGGCGCCGUCGAGCCACCCGAGUCUCCCCUUGCGCUGCCCUGUUGGCUCAGGGAUCACAUCUAUUAAAGAAUAUGGGGAGAAAGAGGAACCCCAUUGUCUUUCUGGAUGUAUCUGUAGGUGAUGAGCCAGAUGAAAGAAUGAUCUUUGAGUUGUUCGCUGAUGUUGCACCCCUUACAACUGAGAACUUCAGAGCUUUAUGCACAGGUGAGCUGGGAAUUGGACAGAAGACUAAGAAGCCAUUAUGUUACAAGGGAUCAUCGUUCCACCGUGUCAUCAAGGGGUUCAUGGCACAAGAUGCAAGACAGAUGAUAUCGACUGCUUUUCUUAUCAUAUAGUAUUUAAGGGAGGUGACAUUGCAAAAGGAAAUGGGUCUGGUGGAGAAAGCAUAUAUAGUGGAAAAUUUGCAGAUGAAACUUGUGUUCUACCUCAUGAUGAUCGUGGUCUCUUGACAACGGCAGAUACCGGAUCCAAAGCUAGUGGCUCCCAGUUCUGUAUUACUUUCAAGCCUAAUUCUCAUCUUGACAGGAAGCACACAGUUUUUGGCAAGCUUGUUGUUGGAAGUGAUAUUCUAAAGAGGAUCGAGCAAGUAGAUGUGCAAUCCCCUGAUUCAACUCCUGUUGUUCCGGUUACUAUAGUAAAUUGUGGGGAGCUCACUGACCGCAAAGAUCUUGGAUCUAUGACAAUAGAAAUUGAUAAAAAGAGGGCUGCCAAAUCAAAGUCUUCAAAGGAUAUAUCUUCCGAUGAGGAAAGUAAUGAAGGACAACACAAGGGACGUCGUCACAAAUCUUCGAAAAGGAGAAGGAAGAAGAAGAGAUAUUCUUAUUCGGAAUCAGAUAGCUCUUCUGAGUCAGAGACUGAAUCAUCUGAUUCUGAGAGUGAUUCUGAUACUUACUCAAGUGACUCAUCUGAUGUCAGCAGCUCAAGUGAUGACAGGCGAAGGCGCAGAAAGAGACACUCGAAGAAAAAUAAACGCAAGCGUUCAAGAAGAAAGCGUGACCAUAGGCGCGAAAGAAGGCGUAGGAAGCGUGACAGGAAAUCAAAACAUAAGUCAAAAAGCAGGAUAAUAAAGGGUGAUAGUGAAGCUGAAAGCACGAGCGAUAGCAGCUCUGAAGAUGAUAGAAGCAAGAGACACCGCCGUGGGCGGAAGUCCAAGGCAUCAUCUCAAGUUUCUGAGGAAAAUCUUGCUGCAGUGGCUGCUUUGAAGGAUGCCAUAUCACCUCAACAAAAGAGUGGAAUACCAAGGAGUCCAGCACAAGAUGUCUCUACCCUGCAAAACGGGGAAAUCCAUACAAAUGGUGUUAAUGAAUCAAAAAUUGAAAGGAGUGCAGCUGUCAUGCCUGUUCUAACUGGCAAUCGAAGCAAAUCUAGGAGCCAGAGCAUGAGUGCUAAUCACUCAAUGAGCAAGAGUAUGAGUAUCAGUCCAAGAAGAAGCCCAAUGAAAAGGUCAAUUACCAGCCCAAAGAGGUCAGUUAGCAGGAGCCCUGUUCACCACAAUCGCAUUGUCCGUACUCCUAAAAGAAGUGAGAGCAGGAGUCCAGCCAGACGGCAGAGCAUCAGCAGGAGCCCUGCUAGGAGCCUCAGCAAGAGCUCACCCAGAGGUGCAAGCAGAAGCCCCCACAUAAUCAGGAGUCCUGUUGAAGCUCACAGAAGAAGCAUUAGCAGGAGCUCAGCUAGGUCCAUGCAACAGAGAAGUCCAAGCAGGAGCCUGGAGAGAACUCAUGUACGAAAAAGUGUCAGCCCAAGCCCACCAUUGGAGAAACGAAGAAGCAUUACCCGAAACUCUGUGAUAUCUCCAUUGCGAAGCGUUAGCCGGAGCCCAGCUAGGAUUUCAAGGAGCCCACAUAGGCCUUCCAGGAGAAGCCCUAUGAGAAGUCCACGACGUAACAUUCGCAGAAGCCUCAGCAGGAGCCCUGUGAGAACACUUAGAAGAAGUGUGAGCAGAAGCCCAGUAAGAGGUGGUCGACCUCGCAGGAACAUUAGCAGAAGUCCCAGUCCACAUCGCAGGGCAGUAACACCACCAAACAAUGGAAGGAGCCCAUCCAGGAGUGAUUCUCCUGAUGGGUCACCAAAACGCAUAAGACGUGGAAGGGGUUUUACACAGCGGUACUCAUUUGCAAGACAGUAUCGCUCACCUUCUGCUGAUCGCUCGCAUCGUUAUGGCGGAAGAAAUGACCGUGACAGAUACAUGGGUUACCGGGGUUCCCGCCAUCGAUCACCUCCUCGACGUUAUAGAAGCCCACCCAGAGGCAGAAUGCCAUCGCCAAGGCGUAGUAGGUACAGGAGGAGGAGCCGAAGCGCCUCACGCAGCCCUGUCCACAGAGAAAGAGGAAGGGGAGGUGGAUACAGCAAAAGCCCUGUACGGAGCCUUUCACCCCCUCCCAGACCAAGGUCACAUGGUGAUCGUGCACGGUCAGUUUCCAGGAGCCACCUUUCUGGGUCAAGGUCAAGGUCUCCACCAGCGCUCCAUCCCUCCCCACCUGAUUCCCCAUCUCUGAAGCGUGCAAGUGUUGAGAAAUCUCAGUCCCCGUCCCGGUCUCCGUCACUGUCUGGUAGCCCUAGUCGUGGAGGCAAUAAAGGUUUGGUUUCCUACGGGGAUGGCUCUCCUGAUUCAGCUGGAAAGUAGGUUUCCACCGGGGCAUUGAAAUGUAUUUUACUACCGGCCAUUGGCUGUUGAUCGGUCCUUCAGCACUUUGUGUUACAUUGCUACUGUAGAAAAGAGAUGCGGUUUUGGUCCUUGAGGCGCGCCCCCCUGGCCUGGUGUUAUCGUUGUAGAACUGUUACCUAUGUUGUUUGGGAUGAUCAGCCAUGUCCUCUUGUUAUCGAAGGACUCAACUUAGGUUAUGCUUUUGCUGAACAUGUAGCAUGGUUUCCGCGUAGUUAUCGUCGGUGGAAUUUGAAUGUUGAGGUUCGAUGCAAAUAGAAUCAUUAUUAAAAUAUUUUGAUCUCGGAUGAUAAUAACUUGUAUAAUUAAUAAUCACUUCUGCAUC